CGAAGUCAUCUUAACCGAACUGCAUUGGUUAUGAACUCAUGGAGAUCAUAAAAGCACGAUCUGCUUUUCUGUCAAAUUAUGAGGUCUUGACCUUGCUUCGCGAGCUUGAGGCAGAGCAUAUCGCCCGCACAAAAACGGCCGUCCGUAUCAAAAAGGAGGAGGAUGCGGGACAUACCCAUCAUGACCCCAAUGCGGACGAAGUCCUCGAAAAUUUGCGCACCAUCGAGCUAGAGGGCAUACAGUACUUGUCCGCUGAUUAUCAACCCACACGUCAACAGUCGGAUGCGGGCAUCCAGCGAUUGGUCAACAACUUGGCGUCGUACGACUUGACCAAGGCAGAGAAACUUCAGAUUGUUAAUCUCGCUCCGACAGAGCCGGUUGAGCUCUACGUUAUUGUCGAGGAACUCGAGGAUCGGCUAGGUGGCCAGAUGGAGGACAUAUUAGGUGCUGUGAGCAGUUCACUUGAUGGACGGGGUGUGGGACAGCAGGCGCCUCCGCCCUCUGCCGGUGACGGUAGAAGGUUUGGUAACGCGCUUGCCCACGAGGCGGAGGUCUAUGUAGAAGAAGAACAGGAUUACUGGCAACAAACCGCGAACGAUGUCGAGUUUGACGACAUGGGAGAAGGUGCGGGGAUCGAAGGCGACUUGGACGUCGACGACGAUUAGCGACGAUGGGCGUUCACGUAAAAUGGCAGACGUAAUCCUCCUGAUGUGUAUGACGUGAAAGGUGUUCCCUCAAUCAAUUUUAC